CCCGGCUCUCGCCGCCGCCGCUUCCCUCCUCCCCUCGCCGGCGGAGGAAGGAGGCGGCCGCCGGCCCUCCCUGACCGCGCAUGCGGCUGUGCCGGGCCGGGGCAGCGCUGCCGCGCUCGGGGGCUGAGGUGUGGGUGUCCCCGUGCCCGGCCCCGUCCCCUGCUCCCCCGCGGGUCCCCGGCAGCGCCCCCGCAGAUGGGCUUGGGCUGGAGCACCGCGGAGGAGCGGCGGCCCCUCUUGCCGCCGCCGCCGCCGCCGCAGCAGGCGCGGCCGCAGGCGCGGGGGCCGGCAGGGGGCCCGGCGGGGCGGCUGCCGCCGCUGUCGGGCCGCGUGUACGGGCGGCGGUGGCUGGUGCUGCUGCUGUUCUCGCUGCUGGGCUUCGCGCAGGGCCUGGUGUGGAACACCUGGGGCCCCAUCCAGAACUCGGCCCGCCUGGCCUUCGGCUUCAGCGGCUGGGACAUCGCCCUGCUCGUCUUCUGGGGGCCCAUCGGCUUCGCGCCCUGCUUCUUCUUCAUGUGGCUCAUGGACAAGAAGGGUUUGAGGGUAACUGUGUUACUAACUUCAUCCCUCAUGGUAUUGGGAGCUGGCCUCAGAUGUGUUCCAGUCUCAGACCUAGAAAUUAGGAAGAAGCUGAUUCACGGAGGGCAGCUGUUAAAUGGCUUGGCGGGGCCAACCGUGAUGAAUGCAGCACCGUUUCUCUCCACAACGUGGUUUUCUCCGGACGAACGUGCCACAGCGACAGCCAUCGCCUCGCUGCUCAAUUACCUGGGCUCUGCUGGCGCCUUCCUGGUGGGGCCUCUGGUGGUGCCAUCUCCUAAUGGGACAGCUCACCUCCUGCUGGCAUCGCAGAGCAGCACCGAGCACAUCAAGGACCGCAUCGAGGCUGUGCUGUAUGCAGAAUUUGGAAUGGUUUCCCUGAUAUUUUCCGCAGCCUUGGCCUACUUCCCCUCGCGCCCUCCAUUCCCUCCCAGCGUGGCUGCGGCGAGUCAACGGCUCAGCUACAGGAGAAGUUUUUGCAGACUCUUAAGCAAUUUCCGAUUCUUGAUGAUUGCUUUAGCCUAUGCUAUACCACUGGGUGUUUUCUCUGGCUGGUCUGGUGUUCUGGAUUUGAUAUUGACGCCCGUUCACGUAAGCCAAGUAGAUGCAGGCUGGAUUGGAUUUUGGUCUAUAGUUGGAGGUUGUGUUGUUGGCAUAGCAAUGGCAAGGUUUGCAGAUUUUAUCAGGGGCAUGCUGAAGUUUAUACUGCUGCUGCUUUUAUCUGGAGCAACAUUAGCAUCAACCUGGUUUACUCUCACCUGUCUAACUAGUGUCACUCAUCUGCCUUUAACCACAG